CUCGCACUCGCACUCGCACUCGCACUCGCACUCGCACUCAACACUUCACCAUGUCCAAGCAAGACAUCGACCUCUCCGGCACCAUCGGCACGACCUCGGUGCCCAACCCUACCACGGGCGACGUCGCGUCCGAUGGACACGAGCACCACCACUCGCACGGGCACGGCGGCGGCGAGCCGGGACCCGGCCAGCAGGUUGCGCCCGGCACGGGGGUGCGGCACCACGACCACCACCGCGAGGGGCCGCACCGGGGGCACGAGGCCAAGGAGAAGGAGUGAAGCAGAUCUGACGGCGGUGGUGCGUGUGGUGUGGCUUUGACGCCGGCAACGCUAGGAAGGCAGUAGCGAUCAGAUGCACAAAUGUACGAG